AUGAGGUUUUGUGCCAAUGCUUUGGUCGCCGUGGCGGCCGUUACGCUAUUCUUAUCAACCUCUGUGGCCCAGAGUGGGACUCCAGUGGCAUACACAGACCCGGAUACAGGAAUCACCUUUGAUACUUGGGCUGUUUCAGAGACCUUGAGCAAGGGAGGGUUCACUUUUGGUAUCGCUCUGCCAUCCGAUGCUCUAACCACAGACGCCUCCGAAUUUAUCGGCUACUUGGUAUGUUCCUCACAGAAUGCUACGUCCACCGGUUGGUGUGGUGUUUCGCUCGGGGGUACAAUGACCAAUUCCCUUCUCUUGCUGGCCUACCCUUAUCGCGGAUCCAUUCUCACGUCCUUCCGCUACACCACAGGCUACCACAUGCCGGAUGUCUACACUGGGAACGCCGAGCUAACCCAAAUUUCAUCCACUAUCAAUGCAACACACUACACCUUGAUCUUUAGAUGCUCAAACUGUCUGCAGUGGACUCAGGGCAGUGAGAGUGGAAAUGCCUCCACGAGCAAGGGUUUGGUGGACUUAGGAUGGGCCCAGGCUUUUCCCGCUCCAGGGAACCCGAAAUGUCCCUCUGAUAUCACCCUCGAUUAUCACGAUAAUGGACACAACAUCUGGGCGGCUACGCUGAAAGAUGCGCCCAACACGUCAUACACAGACUGGGUCGCUCGAGCCAAAACGACAGUCAAGGGAAGUUGCUCCACAAAAACCGGAUCAGCGACGACCACCCCGGCUUCCUCGAGGCCAGUCCCGGCGGGAGCGACGACCACUCCAAAGUGA